GCCGUCGAUGCUCACCAUCUCUUUCUCUCUCCUCCUCAACUCUUCUCCAACAGAGAAUUAAUGAUCAAUAAUACAACUAUGGAACCAACUAGUGGCGGUUUCUGCAAUAACAAUCAAACCGUCGUUUCACCUUUCUCCGUUCCAAAUGAUUCUACCACAACAGCAACGCCUCCUCUUCUUCAUAUGUACGGCGGCGCUGAUACUAUUCCGACCACCGCCGAUUACUACGCCGAUGGUUCUGCUAAUCUCGACUGUGAUUUUUUCCCUCUACCUACGAGAAAACGCUCCAGAGAUUCUUCUAGCAGAUCAAACUAUUAUCAUCAUCUUCUUCUUCAGAACCCUAGAUCACCAUCAUGUGUUAACGCUGCUACUACUACUCCGUUCUCGUUUCUUGGUCAAGACAUUGAUAUCUCCUCUCACAUGAAUCAUCAACAACACGAAAUCGAUCGAUUCGUCUCCCUUCAUAUGGAGAGAGUGAAAUAUGAGAUAGAAGAGAAGAGGAAGAGGCAAGCGAGGACGAUAAUGGAAGCUAUAGAGCAAGGACUGGUUAAAAGGCUUCGAGUCAAAGAAGAAGAAAGAGAGAGAAUCGGCAAGAUUAACCACGCGCUUGAGGAGCGAGUGAAGUCACUCUCCAUGGAGAACCAAAUAUGGAGAGACCUUGCUCAGACCAACGAAGCCACCGCUAACCACCUCCGAACCAACCUCGACCAGGUUCUGGCGCAGGUUAAGGACAUACGCGGCGCAGGAUUAGAGAAUAACAUAAACGAAGAGGACGAUGCGGAGUCGUGCUGCGGAAGCAGUUGUGGUGAAGAAGGGGUUAGGCGCACGGAGGCGCAGGAUAAGGCGGAGAGGAGGAGGAGGAUGUGUAGAAACUGUGGGGAGGAGGAAUCGUGUGUGUUGCUGUUACCGUGCAGACACUUGUGCUUGUGUGGAGUUUGCGGGUCCAGUGUGCACACGUGUCCCAUCUGUAGAUCUCCUAAAAACGCUAGCGUUCAUGUCAACAUGUCAUCUUGACCCCGUUUAUGGACAUUACUUUUUUUUUUUCCUUUUGUUAAUUAAUGGAAGUCUUAUUUUUUUCUUCAAAAUUUGUAAGGAUAUUUAGUUGAAUACAGUAUUAUUUUAGCA